AUGACCACCGUCAACUCAGUUGUAACAGAAAUUGGCCUAACGCAUAACAUUUUCUGUUGUCUAUUUUUCUCUCGUGACAUAUCUGCUCUAAAAGAAAAGAGACUCUUUAUUAGAUUAAGGGUACUUAAGUACAUAUCACGUUGAAAAAUAUAGAUCCAUGUUUAAGUGCUUUUAAUUGCAGAUGGAAAUACGUACAAUGUUCUUUGGUUGAUAAUUAACAAUGUUUUUUGUAGAAGAUCAAAUCACCUGACAACGCAAUAAUUCGUGGAGGGGGACGGGGGGGCGGGAGCCCGGGAGAACAGGGGGCGGGAGAGGGCUGGAAGCGGGAGAACAGGGGCGGGAAGUGA